UCGCCGAGGGUAGCACAGCUAACGUAGUAAGGUGCGGGCACAAGUACAACCAGUCUACGCGACAGUUUCGGAUACAUCGCAACGAGAGAGUGCAGACCUGAGCGGUGUACGUGGAUUACUUAGUGAAACAAACAGCGGCGGUAUCGGUAGCUCUACCUCUGUACAAAUCUAGCAUGGCCCCUGUACGAGGAGUGUUGGGUGUGAUCGUGUCCUGUAUGGUUCUAGGCCUGGCCCGGGCCCAGACAUGUGAUAGGGAUAUCGAUAUAUAUUCAGAUGAAAAUAUUGUCUUUGAGAAAAUGGUAUUUAUGUCGGACGCUGUAGUGACUGGGCUGGUAGAAAAAACACUAAGUGAUGGAAAAUAUGAUAUUUUACUCGACUGUAUUUACAAGACAGACGGCAGCAGGAAGGAGAGCGACAUUGUGGUGAUUCCGACUGACUGUCCGACUGCGCAAUUGGAGAUCGGAAACAAAUACGUGAUGUUUCUGGAGAAAACUAUGGAAGGCUAUAAACUCAGAUACACAGCAUUUGAAGCAGAAGUUAUUUACGAAGUUGCAGCCUCAUGUGGUAUCGAACGUACAGCCUUUACUCAGGACGUGGACGCUUGCCCCAAGACGGAGUCGAACGAAACCUGCAUAAGAUAUCCUACUACACCAAAGCCCGGCGUUACAACACCGACCCCUGAACCUGACGCAACCUCCAAGUAUGAUAAAGAAACAGAGAAAUCAGGAGACGUGAAUGUUGUUGUCGCUACAGCCGAACCACAGGGCGAUGGAACAAGUGCAGCCACAUCCAACUUCCUGUCAUGCGUAUUGUCAUGUUUAUCACUUAUAUUGUCAUUGCUUGUCUUGUAAUUAUAAAAAUGAUUAGAUAUUCAGGCAGAACUCUUCAAUCAUUCCUCUAUGCACGGGUGAUAUGUACAAAUAGAUACUACUAGGGCAGGACGGUUACAUCCACGAGCAGUAGUUUAGGAGAGUCGGCCAUCAGUAUGUAGAGAUCAUCAAGGGACUUGUCAUCAUCCCUGACUGUAAUUACGACAUUUUAACUGAAGAUAUUUAUAAGUGUAGCUGGUUGACAUUAGGAUUGUGAAAUCGAUUAUAAAAAGACAUAUUGUUCAGAAUUCAAGGUUCGGCAGAAACCCUAUCUUUAUUGGUAAAGUCGCCCUAAUAGGUAUGGUAUCAUAUACUGACAAUUUCUUAGAUAUCGACCUACACGUAGUUUAGGCUAACAGGCACGGGAGGGAUGGGAAAUGUGUGUACGCCUUACUGUAACGGGAAUCAUAUUAUUGUGCAUAGCGCAUGGCAUGAGCAGGUUAUUGGCCAUGUCAUGUGAUUACUAUAGGAAUGUAGUAACUCAUUUCAAAGAGUGUAUGAAAACGAGACUAUUUGUAGUUCAAACAUAAGACGUUUACCAUACUGACAUAAACGUGUCAAUGACGGAUGACACGGAAGUAAAAGAUUGUUUUGUUUUAGGGACAGGUGGAUUCGAAAUUCCACUCCACAAUCGGUCGACCACCAGGAAUUAGGCGGAAUGCCCAGUUUCAACGGUUGGUUGGCAGACAAAUUAAUGUCCAGCAAAUUUUGAUCCUGAGUUCAAUUAAUUACUUGUAUAUAGACGGUGCAUCUGUAGUGUACAUGUUAAGUUCAAUAUUUGUGUAUAAAUAGUACAGCAACUAGUUAUAUCGACGCUUUGUGUUUAUUCCAUUUUAUUUAAUACCAUUUAAGAUGUUUUAAUUCAUUUCCCCUAAUUUCCAGUGUUAUAACUCUCACACUCUUCUAGUCACCACUGUCCAUGCCAUCAUCUCAUUCAACUGUGUGUUUGUGUCAUAUUUCGCGGUCAAUUAAACGCUUGUUUUUCGUACAAGUGGGAUUCUGAUAUGGUUUUUAAGUGUUAGAUAUGCUCAUGUGUUAUAAAAAUGUACAAUGCAUGGCGGGUUUAAGUUAUUGAUUUGUUUGUUUAUUUUCCAAUACGUGAUGGAAAAUUGCGCCGUUUAUGACAGAGUAGAGAGAAUGUACAUUUCAUGUCAGGAAAAACUUCACUAUAUGGAUUUUGUUCGAGUUCAGAACUGUGUAUUAGGUUCUCAACAGUUCCAACGUCUGUCCAUGUUGUACAAGAUUCCAAGUUCUGAAUGUUUGUUACUUCUUUAUCUUAUAAUUGAAUAAAUGACCGUUUUGCAUAUUAGUUAGCAAUAGAUUUCGAUUGGCUUGUAAAUAACACGUGGUGUGCGCUAUUGUCUCUUUUUGAGUAUAUGUGUAUGUUUAUUAAUCAUAAGUUCUAUAUUUAUUUUUGCAUAUUUGUGUAUUGUGUAAAAGUGAUUUGAAGAUUACGUCACCAAACCCGACUUCGGUUACAUCCAUCCAUUAACACAAUACAGCAAUAGCAUAACGAGUUCGAGAGUGAAAAUACAAGUGUUCACAUUUACAACGCCGUGGUGAUGUAUUUAUCUUUGUCGCGGGAAUUUGGUACGUUAUCGGCGCCUUAUUAGUGUUGUAGACCAUCAGUACUGUGGUAGUGUGAAAUUUAUCGCAGUAGCAUGAUAAUGUAUCGUCGGCAUGUUAUUGUAUUAAUUUCGGUAUGAUCGCGAAAAAGACGACUGUAUCGUUUCGUAUGUAGAGUAAUAUAUGUUUCUCUCGUGGAGAAAUAAUAACGUUGAAUUUGGGUCACGUGACGUAAUAUUGUACUGGAUAGUUACUAUUUACACUGGUUAAUACUCACCCAGUAGUAUACCCAUCAACUUAGGAUGUAUUCUAUAGCAAUAACCAUCUGAAAUAUAAUACUCAAUACAGUACUCUCCGCGUCAUUUCUGCUAGAUAUUGUCCGUCUUUUGUAUUUAAAUUGGUUUGGAAUUUCCUCAGGUAGGAUAGAUUACAGAUUUAGAAGUUUUCCCUCAAAUUUUAUUCAAAAUUAGGUAUUGAAAUGAAUUUUCUUUUCUUUUUUAGUUAUUUUUCACGGCAUUUUUUAUCUACGGAUGACGGUAGAGAAAUUCACAUUUUCCGUAUCAAGUGAAAGAGCGAAAUUUCGUUGUACGGGAUUUUUUUAUCAACUUUGUGCUUUAACAGGACACAACUUGGUGACAUCGUAACCAUAGUUAUGUGAAGGCCGUGAAGUACACGAGCUCUUGUAUUACCGUUGUCACUGAAUAAGCUUAAGACACUAGCCACGGUUACCUUCCAUGUUAUACAAACAGUUGCAAUUUCCGGUGUACAUUUGCUAAAUUGAUUUGCGUAUCCUUUUCACUCCUAAAACAUGCUGUGAUGAUAUUCAUAACGUUAUUAAUUGGAGUUAAAAUAGUUAACCGAAAAAAAAAAUCAAGCUCACUACUCUCCUCUGGUCCACGUUGAUUAAAAAAGUCUAGCCUUGCCUUAUGAUGGCGAGAUCAAGUUUUGGUCCAGAGUUAACAAAACGAACCACGGAUCAUUACUUGUCAAAGCCAAAAUGGUGUUAUCUAUACGCUGUCGUUCUUUCUUCUGUUUAAAGUAAUCUUUAAGAACUGGUGAAACUGAUCCCACACCACCUGUACACCACCAGUAUGACAAGGUAUACCGUAGCUGAUGUCGAAGUGUCCUCGCUGUUCGGGUUAUACUUAUAUGCAAUGGAUGUAAUGCUAAGUGCUGUAACUUUCUAAUAAAAAGAGAAAAAAAUA